AUGCAUAUCUACCGCCGACAAGCCCGCAAUCUAGCCUGGUAUGACCAAGAUGGCGAACCAUCCUCGCACAACCCAUUCAAGAAAUUCCGCCGUCGCCCACGCCGCACCAACUCAAUCCAACUGGAAGAGCAACGCGGCGCCUCCAGAAGCAUGGGUGACCUAAGCACAACCGAAGACCAACGCCGCCGCGCAGAGAUGAACAACGGCCUCUCCGGCCCCGAGCACUAUGACACAUUCCCUCCCGAAUCUGCAGGAAGCGACGUGAGCCCUUCAUCGUUGCGGCACGCUGCAACGGCCGCCGGAGCAAAGGAUCACCAGCAUCAAUUCUCAAGCCCCGAGCAAGGACCCGAACCGUCUAUGCGAAGCCAGGAUCCGAUUAAUGUUUCUUCGUCGCGGGAGUUGGAUCUCGAGGGGGAGAGCGGCGUCGGUGCUGGGGCGGGAAAACCAAGAUCGAGGUUUUUGGGCAAGUUUAGGCGCCAGAAGACUGAGGGCGAUGCCGAGGAGUUCAAGGAUGGAGAAGAUGUUGAGGGGCCGACUUUUACGGUUGCGUCGCAGCUGCGCGCGACUAUCCUCAAUUCUUGGAUUAAUGUUCUUAUUUUUGCGGCGCCGGCUGGAAUUGCGCUUUAUUGCGUGGAUGCAAAUCCCAUUGCCAUUUUUGUUGUCAACUUUAUUGCUAUUAUUCCUCUUGCAGCCAUGCUGAGCUAUGCGACAGAAGAAAUUGCUAUGCGGACUGGUGAAACAAUCGGUGGAUUGCUAAAUGCUUCAUUUGGUAACGCCGUCGAACUAAUCGUCGCCAUCAUUGCCCUGAUCAAGAGAGAAGUUAUCAUUGUCCAAACCUCUCUGAUCGGCAGUAUUCUAUCGAAUCUGCUCCUCGUCAUGGGAAUGUGUUUCUUCUUCGGCGGAAUCAACCGCAUGGAGCAGCACUUCAACGUCGUCGUCGCACAAACCGCAGCCAGUCUGCUCGCCCUCGCUGUUAGCAGUUUGAUCAUUCCAACUGCGUUCAAAUCGUGGUCUGAAGGCAACAAAGACAAAGUCGCUCCCCUCUCCCGAGGAACCAGUGUUCUCCUCCUAAUCACCUACGGCUGCUACCUCUUCUUCCAACUGAAGUCUCACGCCGCCAUGUACAACGAGCCGAGCAAGAAAGUCGAGAAGCGCCGCCGCAAGCCCUCCGAAGGCGACCUAUCGCGCGGACUGGCAAAGAUCGGCGACGCAGCCGCGAAACAGAUCGGCGGCGAGAAUGCGCAGAACAUGGAAAUCCAGGAACCGGAUGAGGAGCCUGAGCAGCCUCAGUUGACUAUCUUCACCGCGUUGCUAACUCUUUUCCUGUCGACUGCGCUUGUUGCUGUUUGUGCUGAGUUCAUGGUUGACUCUAUCGACGGCCUGACCAAGACCGGUGGCGUCAGCGAUACUUUUGUCGGAUUGAUUCUCCUGCCUAUUGUUGGUAAUGCGGCGGAGCAUGCUACGGCUGUGACUGUUGCGUGCAAGGAUAAGAUGGAUCUGGCCAUUGGCGUUGCUGUAGGAUCUAGUAUGCAGAUUGCCCUGCUUGUUCUGCCGCUUAUUGUUGUUCUUGGAUGGAUUAUUGGUGUCGAUGACAUGACUCUUGGUUUCGAUGGUUUCCAGGUCAUUCUACUCUUCGUCUCUGUCCUCUUGGUCAACUACCUUAUCGGAGACGGCAAAUCUCACUGGCUUGAGGGUGUCUUGCUUAUGAUGAUGUACCUAAUUAUCGCCAUUGCUGCUUGGUUCUUCUAA